AUGAACUGCACUGCCAUUGCCAACAUCACUCCCGAGCUGGGACCUGUUCUGACCCCAGGGACUGGAGAUGGAACUUCCCAAGUGGAUGGUAGUGGGGCUGGAACCAGUGGAGGUCUGUGGGUGACAUCUUUGCUCGGUGCCACACUUUUAGUCAUGUGUGGCAUAGGACUGGCAGGCAACAUUUACACCCUCAUCAUUACACGCUCAGCUGCUUUGUGCCGGACAGGUUCCAUGUAUGUUUACAUCAUUAACUUGGCUCUGGCUGACCUUCUCUACCUCUCAACCAUCCCCUUUGUUGUCUGCACCUACUUUGCCCAUGACUGGCUGUUCGGUGAAGCAGGCUGCCGCAUCCUUCUGAGUCUCGAUCUCCUCACUAUGCAUGCCAGCGUCUUCAUUUUGGUCGCAAUGAGCUUAGAACGUUACCGAGCCGUGGCCAAGCCCUUCAGUGCCCACAGAUCCUCUUCUCGCAACAGACGACUCAGCGCAGGAAUUAUUUGGGGAUUGGCUUUCAUCCUAACACUUCCCAUGAUGGUUAUGAUACAGCUCAGGGAGGGAAAGCCUACUGUGUAUGGCUUUGUUAAGAGAAUCUGCUUCCCUACCUGGACACCUGAGGCCUUCAAGGCCUAUCUUACAGUACUGUUUUUCACCAGUGUUUUAGUCCCUGGAUUGAUAAUUGUUGGAUUGUAUGCUGGGCUAGCAAGGCGCUAUUGGACAGUGCAGGCUAGUUUAGGGGGUAGUGGCCACUCAGCCCAGAGGAAAGGACUCAAACACAAAGUGUUAUCAAUGAUAUUAAGUAUCGUAGUAGCCUAUUGGGCUUGUUUCUUACCUUUUUGGGGAUGGCAGCUCGCUAAACUCUUCUCCCCAGAUUCCCUCAAAGCUUUGUCUGCAGCUGCCCAUAAUUAUGUCAAUUUCUUUGUCACAUGUCUUACUUAUGGGAACAGCUGCAUCAAUCCAUUUCUUUACACUCUUCUGACUCGAAACUAUAAGGAUUAUUUAGCUCAGAAAGGUCAGUGUGGGGGAUCAAGCAAGGCUGAUCUUGGGACAGCUGUAACAACACCUCUUCAGGAACUCUGAUGUAUCACGGUACAGUAGGGCAAUUGAGCAUUUUCAACUCAUUAGCCUGAGAGAUGACAUUUUAGCCAUAUUAUCUUUCAGCAUACUGUAUAGCAUGUUUUUA